AUGUCAGCUAUCGCGCCUAUUACUGGUACUAUAAGAAAGAAAAUCAUUGCCGAUAUCACCAUUGGUUUUGCCAUUGGCACUGUCCUAGGUUCAGCUUGGUGGUGGGGUUUCCACAAAAAUAUUAUUGGUAAGAGAGAAGCUCACUAUCAGAAGCUAGCUCUUCAGAAAGCCGCUGAGGAGGAAUAA